CCAAGGAUUGGCACCUGCCUUUGGACCAUCGCGCAGAGCGAUGUUCGCCCUCAGGUCGACGGCGGUGUUGCGAAGGACAUCUUUGACGCUUCGCCUCAGCUCCACCAAGGCGAACGUUCACUCCCCGAUUGGAGUAGCACCGCCGUCCUCUCGCUCGACGUUGUGGCAGAAGUACAAGCACUACUUGGAAACCUACCCGUUGACGACGAAAUGCUUGACUUCAGCCGGAAUUGCAGGCACGGGAGAUGUAUUGUGUCAGGCGGCGUUUGAAUCGAAGCCGUUUAAUGUUCAGCGAUUCGCAACGUUUACAGCGCUCGGGGGAGUCUUCAUUGCCCCCACGCUGCAUGUAUGGUACGGGUUCCUCAACCGCGUCGUGUCUGGCACGGCCGCCACAGCUGUCGCUACUCGUCUGGCCCUGGAUCAGUUUGUGUUUGCGCCGACAUUUCUUGCGUCAUUCUUUGGGGUGCUGCUUGUUGUUUCUCCAAACUCCGACGACGCGACCUCUGGGCCUUCGCUGUCUGUGCGUUUCCAAGACAAGUUGAACCGCGACUGGUGGUCCGCCGUGCAAACGAACUGGGUCGUGUGGAUCCCUGCCCAAUUGCUCAACUUUGGCCUCGUUCCUCCCGCGCUGCAAGUGCUGUUCUCGAACGUCGUCGGCCUCUUUUGGAAUGCCUACAUGUCGUAUAUCAGCUACAAGCCCAUCGACGACGUCGUGGCUGAAGAUGACGCUAACGCCCUCAAUUAACAGAAUUUUGCAUUCUGUCAACGUAAUUCAUACCACUCUGGUCCAGGAAAAGAGGUCGGUUUGACUUUCGAUUGGCGGGAUUUUUGUAAUAUUGCAUAUCUUUUGAAACUAAUU